GUAUGUGUGAUUAUUAAAGGGAAGGGUGGAGGAAGAAAGGAGGGUGAAUUUCUGAGAGAGCUUCGAGGUUGGUUCGCUGGUGCAGUUCCAACUUCAAGUCCACGCUGCAUUUCUUUCUCUUCUUGUCUCUUCUUAUACGCAAUAUAUAAAUUCAAUUCCAGGCACCGUCUCAUUCUUAGUUCAAUUCAAAAUCCUUCAUUCUGCUUCAACCAAACAAUGGCUUCUUUCAAUCUCUCUUAUUCUCCCUCACCAGCCCUCUCAUGUCCCAGGGCAAGCAAACACUUCAAAUUGUUCAAUGAUGCGCCUUUUGUCCGAAUGAAUUCUAAAUUUCCCUCAAGCGAUAAUGCUGUUAGAAUUAAAGCUGGAGGAGGAGACCUACUUUCCUAUCCAAAGAGCAAUGACAUUGUGAUAGGCAAAAAUCUGGUUGGAGAUGAAUCUGUUCGAAUUGAUGUACAAUAUAAUGGUUUACCAACUAUAGACACCGUGAUAACAAGCAAUGUUUUCUCUGUUGAUGGUGAUGAAUUCGAUCUGGACAGCCCAACAGCAGGUUUUGCUUCCAUCCCCGAGGCCAUUGAAGACAUUCGGCAGGGAAAGAUGGUAGUGGUCGUCGACGACGAAGAUCGAGAAAAUGAAGGAGACUUGAUAAUGGCAGCACAGUUGGCAACACCCGAGGCAAUGGCCUUUAUUGUGAAACAUGGAACUGGGAUAGUUUGUGUAAGCAUGAAAGAGGAAGAUUUAGAUAGAUUGGAACUUCCUAUGAUGGUAAACAGUAAGGAUAAUGAUGAGAAGCUUCGUACGGCAUUCACUGUGACAGUGGAUGCUAAACAUGGUACCAGCACCGGUGUGUCAGCUCAAGAUAGGGCAACAACGGUCUUAGCCCUUGCAUCUAGAGAUUCUACUCCAGGUGAUUUCAACCGCCCAGGUCAUAUUUUCCCACUAAAAUACAGGGACGGUGGUGUCUUGAAGAGGGCUGGUCAUACAGAAGCUUCGGUUGAUCUUGCUGUACUUGCUGGCAUGGAUCCAGUGGCAGUUCUAUGUGAGAUUGUAGAUGACGAUGGGUCCAUGGCCAGACUGCCAAAACUUCGCCAGUUUGCAGAGCGUGAAAAUUUGAAAGUCGUAUCCAUUGCUGACUUAAUAAGAUAUAGAAGAAAAAGGGAUAAGCUGGUGGAUCGCGCUUCUGCGGCACGGAUACCUACAAUGUGGGGACCAUUCACAGCUUACUGUUACAGGUCCCUUUUGGACGGGAUUGAGCAUAUUGCAAUGGUUAAGGGUGAGAUUGGAGAUGGAGAAGAUGUCCUUGUGAGGGUACACUCCGAGUGUCUAACCGGAGACAUAUUUGGAUCUGCGAGAUGCGACUGCGGAAAUCAGCUUGCACUCUCAAUGCAACAGAUUGAAGCUGCUGGUAGAGGUGUGCUGGUAUAUCUCCGUGGACACGAAGGACGUGGUAUUGGAUUGGGCCACAAGCUUCGUGCUUAUAACCUACAGGAUGAUGGACGUGAUACAGUAGAAGCCAACGAGGAGUUAGGAUUGCCUGUUGACUCCAGGGAAUACGGCAUUGGCGCUCAGAUAUUAAGAGACUUGGGUGUUAGAUCUAUGAAGCUGAUGACCAACAAUCCAGCAAAAUAUGUUGGACUCAAAGGUUAUGGUUUGACAGUUUCGGGUAGGAUCCCAAUAUUAAGUCUCAUUACUUCAGAGAACAAGAGAUAUUUAGAGACCAAACGUAUGAAAAUGGGUCACAUAUAUGACAUGGAAAGUGGAAACAAGGUUGAUGACUCUAAUACCUUUACCAGAGACAGACAUUCUUCGUCUUCAAACAUUUAAACAUAGUUUCUUUCUUCAUUCUUUUUAUGCAACAAUUCGUUUACAGUUACCUCUGUAAUUUGAUAAAAGAAUUCAUGAUUUGUAGUUCUACUGUGUUGUAUACAUAAAUUCCUUUGCUACCUUUUUCCCAUUUAUGUUUAAGGAUGGAUCCCUUUAGUA